AUGGACGCACUAAGCCCAGCAGAAGUCACAGCAGGCUUUGUGAACACUGGCGCGAAGAAGGCCGCUCAGCCCUACUAUGUCUCCUUCUUCAAGGCGUGGAUGGCCGGCUGGAUGCUCUGUUUCGGAGCCAUGCUUGUGCAGCUCAUCCAAGGUGGCUCUGGCACUCUGCGAACCGACUACCCGGCCUUGAUUUCGCUUCUUGCAGCAUUCUUCUUUCCAGUCGGUCUCCUGAUGCUUGUCAUGACGGGCCAGGAGCUUGUCACGGCCCACCUCAUGUUUAUGCCGAUGGCCUUGCUUAAGCGCCGUAUCAAGGCCUGGGAGCUCCUGGUCAAUUGGAUUGUUGUCUUCUUCGGCAACUUGGCGGGCGCGCUGUGCUACGUCGCUUUCAUGGGGCACUACUCGCACCUGUACAACACGGACGCGUUGAUCAAGUACUCGCAGACCGUGUCCAUUUCCAAGACGGGCGAAGGCUGGGGCCCCUGUGUUCUGCGAGGCAUCGGUUGCAACUUCCUUGUGUGCACCGCAGUGUGGCUGGGUGCCGGAUCGCGCGAAAACUCGUCAAAGAUCAUGGCCAUCCACUUUCCCGCUAUGCUCUUUGUGUUCCUCGGCUUCGAACACGUCGUUGUUAACAUGUACUACAUUCCGAUGGGAAUGCUCAACGGCUCGGGAGUCAAGGUGUCUCACUACAUUGCCCAGUCCAUGAUUCCAAGUCUAAUCGGCAACAUUAUCGGUGGCUGCCUACUUGGUAUCCCUAUGGUGCUCUUCUAUGAGUCGCCUGAGCUUCCGCUGUUCGAUCGGCUUCCCGGCCGCAAGAGGAGUGCUCGCAGGCCGUCUGUCAUCGUCGAGCGCUCGAGCGGGCAGGUGACUCCCAUUGACAACCAAUCCGUUAUCGACCACAGUGUUAAGCCUGGCAAGGAGCGCUCAUAA